AGUUGGACAGAAUGAAAGAAAGCUCAACAAGUGUUCGACCCACCAUGGCUGCGGGGAAGAAGCAAAUACCACUCAUGGCCGUUGCCUCCUUCCCACCGAUCAUAUAACUAAUUUUCAAUUGCGAUUUCUCUCUCUCUCUCUCUCUAUUUGGUCGUAGCUUUCGCUUCACACCCACAUGCAUCAAACCAACAACAACAACAACAACAACAAUUCACUUCACAUUACGCGAAAACUUUGAUUGCAUUGCAAGGACCUUCUCUCUCACUCUUCCGUUUUGAAGUUUCCAUUUCAAUCAAUCCUGAUCCAUCUUCAUCACCUCGAAUUCGACCUCUCAAAUCUGGCACAGUUUUGAACCAUGAAGCAAUUGCAUAAACAGUCGGGUGCAAAGCGCGACGAAGAGGUCCCAUCGCCCCAAUCGAUCCCUUACUCGCCCAAAGCGCUGAAACACCCCAGAUCUUUCUCCAGAUCCAUCAAUUACAUCCUCAAGGAACAAAGGCUUCUCUUCGUUCUUGUGGGUGUUCUCAUCGGCUCCACGUUCUUCGUCUUCCAGCCGACCCUUUCCCGGCUGGGUCCCUCCCAACCCCAUCCGCGGGUACCCAGAUCGUUUUUGCCGACAAAUCGCGAGUCGACUUCGGCUUCGAUUUCGAAUCCGAGGAACUUUGGAGUUGGGAAGGCUGCUGGGAGAGUGCCGGUGGGCGUUGGCCGGAGGCGGUUAAGAAUUGUGGUCACUGGCGGUGCGGGAUUCGUGGGUAGCCAUUUGGUUGAUAAGCUACUUGCUAGAGGCGAUGAUGUGAUCGUGAUCGAUAAUUUCUUCACCGGGAGGAAAGAGAACGUGAUGCACCAUUUUGGGAACCCGAGGUUCGAACUCAUCAGGCAUGAUGUGGUUGAGCCGAUUUUGUUGGAGGUGGAUCAGAUCUAUCACUUGGCUUGCCCUGCCUCUCCAGUUCACUACAAGUACAAUCCUGUCAAGACUAUCAUAUCAAAUGUGAUGGGUACCCUUAAUAUGUUGGGUCUUGCAAAGCGAAUUGGAGCGAGGUUUUUGCUCACGAGUACUAGUGAAGUUUAUGGGGAUCCCCUUGAGCACCCUCAGAAAGAGACAUACUGGGGACAUGUAAAUCCUAUUGGAGUUAGGAGCUGCUAUGAUGAAGGCAAACGAACUGCCGAAACCUUGACAAUGGAUUAUCAUCGAGGGGCAGGUGUAGAGGUGCGAAUUGCACGGAUCUUCAAUACAUAUGGUCCCCGAAUGUGUCUGGAUGAUGGCCGUGUUGUGAGCAAUUUUGUUGCACAGGCCAUCCGCAAGCAACCAUUGACUGUAUAUGGUGAUGGAAAACAAACACGGAGUUUCCAAUAUGUAUCUGACUUGGUUGAUGGACUGAUGGCCUUAAUGGAAGGCGAGCAUAUUGGGCCAUUUAACUUGGGCAAUCCAGGGGAAUUCACCAUGAUAGAGCUUGCUGAGGUUGUGAAAGAAACCAUUGAUUCCAGUGCGACAAUAGAAUUCAGACCAAACACUGCUGAUGAUCCGCAUAAGAGGAAACCAGAUAUUACAAAAGCAAAGGACCUUUUGAACUGGCAGCCAAAGGUAUCACUUCGUGAGGGACUACCUCUUAUGGUGGCUGAUUUCCAAAAUCGCAUCUUGAAUGAGGAUGAAGGAAAAGGGAACAAGUAGAAAUGUCAGCCAGCAAAGCCAGGAUGUAUAGAGUAACAACAUUUGCGAAAGAUUCUGGAUUUGAUAUCAACAGCAACAACAAUCACAGGCUGUAACCCCUCUAUUCUGGAUUUGAUAUCACUUUAAUUUUUUCCAAUUUGUCUCAAGUAUUCAGUUUCGCUUUCAUUUUUUUUUUUCGUGUUCAAUUAUUGACAGAGUUCUUGUCUUCGAGACCGCUGAUUAGGUCCCUUGCUAGUACCGACUGAAUGUUGUAGAGAGUUUUAUCUUCACCAAAUGGGUUGAGGGCUUUACUUUUCUAUUUCUUCUUCUUUAUAAUAUAUAUUGUUGAAAUUCUUUGUUGUAAAGUUUGUUAGAUAAUCAAUCCCAUAAUUUAUGGGAUUGAUUGAUUUAUGUAAAUUAGUAAUUGAUAUAAUUAAUAUUCUUUUUUUUC